UGCGCGCGACAUUCAGUGUAGAGCUUCCAGGAAUAGGAGCUUUGGUGUUUACUGUGGUCUGUCAGUUUCGAGUCGGUUCAACAGUUGGUAAUACGGUAUUGUUGUUCGGAGUUAGGCACAUACGCCCAGACAAUGUGUUUGUGAACGUUUGGAAGCCGUUCGUUUCUUGCGACGCAAUGAAACUUCUUGGGUUUGUGGAAGUGGUUAACCACCAACAUAAUGUACCGGUCAGCCGAUCCCGACACUCAACGUUGACUAUAUUCAGAGAGAAAGAUGAGGCAGUAAUGUUAGUUCAGCAGCCAUCGAAUAAAAGAGGACAAAGAUACAAGAUUGCAGGUAAUAUUAUCAAGGUGUUCACCCAAUUUGUCUCUCAAGGGAAAGUAACACUUAGAAUGAAGGAACCACCUCAUGAACUGAGAUUACAGAAUGAACCUGUGCAGUUGAUGAGUUUCUUGAAAUUUCUAAAGAAUUGUUCUGGACCAGCAGUAUCAACAUUGCCAGCUGUUCCAGACAACCCAAAAUUUACAAAAGGACCUCCAACAACAGUGGUCAUAAAUUCUAUGAAGGAUUAUGGAAAGCUUGACAAAUUGUCCCUUAAUACUGAGAGGUUGCAGAUUUCCAAUAUUAAAAUUUCAGAAUUACCACGUUCUGUUGCACGACUGAAGAAAUUAAAUCUUCUAGAAGUCAGUGAUACUAAUUUAUCAGCUGUUCCACCAUUCAUAAAGACUCUUCCGAAUUUAAUGGAAUUGGUUCUUCCAAACAAUAAUUUGCGUACUAAUGACCUGAAUGUCAUUAUUGAAAGCGCCUCUCUAAAGACCAAUCUCAGACUACUGGAUCUGCGGCAUAAUAAGAUUGCAGUAUUACCUAAUGAAAUUCAUCGCCUUCAGGCACUUGUUACUCUCAGACUGGACCAUAAUGAACUCAAUACAAUUCCACAUACCAUAUCGAAUUUGAAGAAUUUGAGGUGCCUCUCUCUCAGUGAUAACAUCAUCAUAUCAUAUCCAUAUUCAGUCCGUUUUUUGAGACAUGUAGCAUUUGAUGUAUCAAACAAUAAACAUGUUUUUCCGGGUCCCUUACCUCGUGACACGGAUUGGAGCCGAGCAAUUAGAAGUGAGAAGGAACUUACUCUGGCACGCUAUACGGGAAUGCACAGCCUUAAGGAACUAGCAAGCAGAGUUCUGUUCGAUAAAAGGUUGGAUUUUACAGAAUUUGGAUUGCCACUAGCGCUGCAGAGACACUUACAAUGUUUCAAAAUGUGCCACCUGUGUCAUAAGGCAUGUUUUGAUGAAUAUUUUAUUUUCUUUGAAUGUAUUCCUCUGAAAUUCUGUGUGGCAGCUUUAGUUUCAUCUGUGCCGGGUAUGACUGUACAUUAUUAUAUUUGUUCGCUCAAAUGUAUGUUGCUUGCAUAUCCAAAACUUAACAAACAUUCUCAAGCAGGGCUGCGUUAUGUGAGUUACUCAAAGUAUUGUAAGUGUGAAAAGUAAGAAUCUAAAUAAUGAAGAUUAUAUAGUUCCUCUUAAAGCAUAAGGUGUCUCAUAUGCAUACAAUGCAGUUGAUCAUAGAACUGAUUGUCGAAUAUAAGUUGUCAACAAGAAACUUUCAAUUUUCUAAUAAAGUAAGCUUCCCUGUCUGUUAUGCAUUUUAUUUAUUUUGGGACAUAAUCACAAAUUAAACCAUUUUUAAUCUAGCCAGCUUUUUGCUUUUUGUUGUAAUUAUGGACAUUAUUAUUCUGUUGAAUAGGUUAUUCUAAUUUCGUAAGAGACUGUACAUAGAGCACUUGCAUGCACUAAAGUGCCAUAAUGCACAGACCUCUGUGGGUCCAUGAGUUACAAGUUGUUGAAAUGCUAAGUACCAGUUAAAGUGGUUUUUUUUCCCUUUUUUUCCCUUCUUUUUCUUUUUUUUUUAAGUGAUAAGUUUAAACUAGGUGAGUGAAAGCUACAUUUAUUCCGUUUGAGGAAAUCGAACAAAGAUCAAGUUUGGCAACACUAUCUCUGGCAGGCUGCUUGAGUUUGUAAGUGCAAUGACUUCAUUGGUGAAAUUUAUGGCUAAGUAACUCAGAAAUGGGGCAAUGUAUCAGUUUGGUUCUUAACAAUUAUUUCACAGCACAAUACCUCCUGCAACACACUUGCAAGCUUUUCAGACUGUUCGUGAGCACCCUGUAUAUUCUGAAGCUAAAUAAACAUUUAAUAAGUUGUUUAUGAGAUUGUUAUGAAAGGCUACCACACAUUAUUCUUGUGGCUUUCUGUAAUGAGCUUUUCAGACUGUUUGUGAGCACCCUGUAUAUUCUGAAGCUAAAUAAACCUGUAAAAAGUU